AUGUGGGACACCAGCGCCAGUUCUCUCUUCCUGGAUACUUCAGACAUUUGGUGGCAGGACCCACCAUCCCCCCAAGCAGAGGCAGCGUCCUGGGAUAUGGCAGAGCUGGCAGCUGUGUGUAAGGCAGCAAGUGAGAGCUCAGAGCCGAGCCACCAGGAGGGGAGCAGCACAGAGGAGCUCGAUGGGCAGGAGCCAGAUGUGCAGGACCCGGAGCUGGAGGCCAUCAAAGCCAAGCUGCUGGAGAUAGAGAAGGAGGAUAAGAGGUUGAGGGAGUUGCAGCUGGAAGCUGAGAGCCACCUGUUCAUGAAUGCCGAGGCAGUUCUCUUCCCAGUGACAACCAAGGAGAAGGUGGAGGCUGACCAGCGUUCUAUCUACGUGGGCAAUGUGGAUUACGGGGGCACAGCAGAAGAGCUGGAGUCUCAYUUCAACAGCUGUGGGCUGAUCAACCGGGUCACCAUCCUCUGUGACAAGUUCUCAGGCCAUCCCAAAGGAUAUGCCUACAUCGAGUUUGAGGAGCAGAGCUCUGUGAAGGCUGCGGUGGAGCUGGAUGAGAGCGUGUUCAGGGGCCGUGUCAUCAAGGUGCUGCCCAAGAGGACCAACAUGCCGGGUAUCAGCAGCACCGACCGCGGUGGCUACCGGGGCUACUUCCACUCCCGGGGAGGGCUGGGCCGCUGGGGAGGCUACUAUGGGGGGCAGCACCCCAGGCUGCGAGGGAGAACCUACAGGGGUCGGGCAAGGCUGCUGCCUUGGUAUUUUCCAUACUAG